AUGGGAACUCCAGGCGAUAAAGCAGGCAGCAAAGAGGUAGUUAAAACAGAAUCGGAAGAGCCCGCACCCCGACCGCCAGACCCUCAAUCACAAUUACUACUUUUUCCACCACCGUCACCGUCAUCCACGUCAAGUUUUUCAUUGCAACAGACCAUAUCUUCACCAGGACCACCUUCGUCUUCGGAUAUGGGCGUCAUCAACAUAUUACCACAUUUCAGGACUAUAGCUAGUUCUCCGCCUCAGCAUGUGGGAACUAAACCAGAAGCUUUAAGACAGGCUGAGUUAGAGCAAUCGACCAUAGAACGUUUCUAUGGCCAAACCAAAUAUUAUCCAGACUAUCAACAGCCAUCAACAAGUUACUCUACAACGUCGAAGUCGAAAACAUUCCUUAGUAGUUCGGAACAACCGGGUCCUUCUGGCUUGCAGACGCCUAAAUCCAAACCUUCCGCUUCCUCUGCUAGUCCAGGUAGACUGAAACGGCUGAGAAAGACAGCUCAAGAACAACAAGGAACACCACAAUCAAGAAAAACGUACCAGUGUUCUUAUUCGCACUGUAAUAAGAUAUGCAGUAGUUCUGAAAAAUUGGAGAAACAUGAACAAACGCAUACGGGUUCCUCGCCUUACAAAUGUGAACACUGCAAAAAGGUCUUUUCCUCGAAGUUCAAAUUGGUCAGGCACGCUCUCAUACAUUCUGAUCGCAAACCAUUUAGCUGUACGGUAUGUGACCGCACGUUCCAUCGCAAAGAUCACCUCAAGAACCAUAUCAAAGUGCACAGUCCUCAAAAAGACAUCCAUAUUUGUGAUUCAUGCAAGAAACAGUACACGUCGCUGCUUAGUUACAGGAAACACCUCGCUUUACAUGCUGCCGAAGAAGGAAACUUAACUUGUCAAAUUUGUAAUGAUACGUUCGACAGCAAAGAGAAAAUUUUAUACCAUCUGAAAAUCCACGCCGGUAGUCGGACUGUCAAAAACCCCAACGACAAAAAGUUCAAAUGCGAUCAAUGCGAUAGUAAGUUUUUUACAAGGAAGGAUGUUCGGAGGCACAGUGUUGUACAUACAGGUAAGCGAGAUUUCUUGUGCCAGUACUGCCCGCAACGUUUCGGUCGCAAAGAUCAUUUAGUCAGACACAUAAAAAAAUCACACAACGACAAAUACAAAGCCGAGGAGACUAUUACCAGUAUAACUAUAAAAACCGAACCGAAGGAAAUUCUGCUGGCUUCGGAUGUUUCCGUUAAAUCCGAGUAUUCCGAGAGUAGUCUUUCGAACGCUCCAGAAACUUUUGCAACUGUCGAUUCGAGUUUGCCGCUCAUUGAAGGUGACCUAACUCCGUUCUUAGAUUUAUUACAGAUAGCAACUGCAACGCCAUAUUCAGUUUGUACACACACCAAACUCGAGAUAGAAAGUGGACACCUAUUACCGGGCGAACCUGAAUUGAAAGACUUCGGAAGCGCCAUUUUGGAGGACAUCGAAAGUACCCCUCGACCUCUGGGAUUCUGACCACCGAAAAUUUAGAUGCUAGUCAAGAUGUUUUGGACGAGGUCGUAUUGAACAAUCCCGAAUUGUUGUUGCUGGAAUCAGACGGCGACACAAAUUUACCUUUGCCUGGAUUUAGUCAGACGUUUCAGCCACCCCCUGCUCCAGGCCCCCCUCCCCAGUAA